CUCGCAUUGCUAUAACGAUUCUUGUAUACUGUCAAGUCGUUGAGAGAUCGUUGAGUUGAAUUCCUUGGAUUAGAAAUUCGUUGAUGAAAAAAAUGACAACAUUGGGAUUGAAAUUUUGAUAAUCAAGUCUGGAAGUGAAUGUGACAUUAUAAAUUGAGCAAAUCGUAAUAACAACAGUGCAAAAGUUACUCAAAGCGAAAGUUUAUGGUUUAUUGAUUUCGCAAGGUGUAGGAAGUAAUAGUGUGACUUCGUCUUGCAUAUUCAAAAUGAUAAAAGCUAUUGCUGAUAAAAUUAACGGGAUGAUACAUCAUUAGCAGUCUCGUUUCCACUUCAAAUGAGUUGGAUUCCUGAUUAAUAUCCCCUCCUCGCGAUCGUAAUUGCUAUUGAUUUUUUGCCUUACAUUUUUGUUACGCAAGUGACAACACUUCGAUUACAAGUAUCGUUUGGUUUGGUUUGAAUAUUUCCGUCUGUCAUCAAAUGGUAUGUGCACACUCGUUGAAUUCAUUUAAUACACUUUGAAGUUAUUAUCAAACAAAAUUAUUAAUGUCUUUGACGCUGUGGCCAAAAUCGACCGAUCUAUUUUUAAUUGAACGUUUACAAACAUUAAAUUUAUAAAGUAAUUAGGACAACGGAAUAGGAGGACGCGUAUUAGUACAGAGAAAAAUGUUACUCUACAAAAUGAGUCCAAGAAACGCAGUAAGCCAGUCUUCAACAACGGUUCAUCUUCUUUUAACGAUAUUAUCCUUGAGUUCAUUUACAGAUGUUAUAAUAGCUGUAAACCGAAUUAUUGGCGAUGAAAGGCAAUGCCAAAAAUUGUGCACAACAAGCAGCUGCCUAUUUCAAACUUUGGAAUUUUGGAAAAUAAUGAACAGAGAGGCUGACCCGUGCACAAAUUUUUACGAAUUCGCGUGUGGUCGUUUCAUAAGAGAUACGUCCAUCAUUGAUGAAGAAAGUGUAGUAAGUACGUUUAGUCUGGCGCAGACUCAGAUAUCAACUGAACUACUUCACGAAUUAAACAAGUCGGUGAAAGAAAAUGAUUUAGAUGCGAUCAAAAAAACGAAAACUUAUUAUCAAAAUUGCAUGAAUGAAGGAUGGCCAGUGUUACUUGGUGACAAAUGGGACAACAGUCAGUUUGACUGGGUGGAAAGCAUUUACAAAAUUAGGGAACAUAAUUUGCCGAUGUUUUUUCCAAUAAUCAUAAGCGUUUAUUUUGAUAAUACAAACUCAACCAUGCGCAGUAUCAAAGUGCGUAAUGCUUUUUCAAUGAUUAAUCGAGCAUUUUUGAUAAAUGGAGUUCACAAUCCACAAAUGACAGCUUAUUUCAAUUAUAUGAUGAACGUCAUAACUAUAUUAGGUGCAAAAAGAAACAGUGCUACAAUAAAUGAAAUGAAAGAGUUAUUAAAAUUUGAAAUUCAACUUUACAACAUUACAACAUCUGAGGAAAAAUUAAUUGAUAUACCAGAAGCAGAAGCUCCAAUUAGUAUUAGAGAGCUAUCUUUCAAGUUUCCAAGUAUCCCGUGGCUAGAAUUAUUAAAUAAAAUUCUUAAUCCGAGUGGUAUAUUCAUCAACGACACGGAAGAAGUUUACCUUGAAGAUCCAAAUUUCAUUGUACAGAUUGUAAAAUUGAUAGAUAUAACUCCGAAACGAGUGCUAGCUAACUUUUUAUCAUGGAGGAUUACUCAAAUUACUCUCAUGUACAUGCCUAAAAAGUUGAAAAAGGUUGCUACUGACUUUAGGAGCAUCAUAGAUGGAACAAAAAAAACUAUGAGCAGAAUGUACUGGUGUCUAAAUGAAAUAAUGGAGGCGUUUCCGGUUAGUUUGAGUGCCAUGUUUGUCAGGAAAAAUUUCAAUCAACGUAUUAAAUAUACUAUCAAUGAAAUAGUUGAAAAUAUCAGAAACGAAACAAGAAAAAAUUUUCUGAUGGUGGAUUGGAUGGACGAAAAAACCCGAAAAGCUGCUAUAGAAAAAUUAGAUGCAAUGACCGUUUCAAUUGGUUACGCUGAAGAAUUAAUGGAUGAUCAAAAAGUAAACGAUUACUACAAUGAGUUACAAAUCAACCCAGGGUUAUACAUCACCAGUGCAUUCAACGUAACUUCAUUCUUGGAAAAACAAAACUAUAGAGCACUAAGGAGAUCGUCAAACGAAUAUCUGUGGACGCAGAAUCAAAAUGUUGCGCUUGUUAAUGCUUAUUACACUUCAUCGACAAAUAAUAUUGAAAUACCUACUGGAUUUUUAAAAACAUUCUUUCAAUCAGACAGACCUCAAUACAUAAAUUACGGCACAAUAGGUACCAUGAUUGGACAUGAAAUCAUUCAUGGCUUCGAUAACCAGGGUCGAAAAUACGAUAAAUAUGGGAAUCGAAAGAACUGGUGGGAAUCGAAUACUGAAAAGAACUUUAUAAAAAAGGCGAAAUGCAUUGUAGAGCAAUACAAUAAUUACACUGUACCUGAAGUCGGCCUAAAUGUAAAUGGACAGUUGACGCAAGGUGAAAAUAUUGCUGACAACGGAGGUUUCAAAUUAGCUUAUUAUGCAUACAAUGAAUGGACGAAACGUCACAAUAUUGUCGAAGGUUGCCUUCCGUAUCUUCCAUACACUCCUCAACAGAUGUUCUGGAUUAGUGCAGCUAGUAAUUGGUGUAGUAAACAGCGACCAGAAUUUCUAAGAGAUAUUAUUGCUACAGAUCCGCAUAGUCCUUAUGACUCAAGAGUAAUAUUGUCGUUUUCCAACAUUAAAGAAUUUGCUAAAGAUUUUAAUUGUAAACUUGGCUCUAAAAUGAAUCCUGAAAAGAAAUGUCUGAUUUGGUAGGUCUUAUAUGUUUUCUUCCAAGCUUGUUACGUAAUGUACUAUGAUACAUUUUUCAAAUCGCAAUUUAUGUUUUUAAAUUGAUCAACAUUGUUCGAUGCAAUUUUAAAACUGUUCAAAAGUUUGUUCUGUAAUAAUGUCAUCCUCAUCAAUAGCAUCAUUCUUGUAAAAAACUCUUUCAAUAAAAUAUUUUUAAGAUGUACUAAAAACUAUUAGUCAAAAUAAAUUGUUAGUUUACUUCGAAUAAAAUCAAACAUAUAAAAUGUAAUCAAUAAUUCAAAAAUUCAAAAAAAGACGAUUCAA